ACAGAGGCCAAAUGGAAGGGCAUAAAUAGAGAGUCUUUUCCACCCAAAGACUAGUCACAACUGAUCAAUCGAUCACCUCUUUUUACACGUACCUUUAACCUUUCCAAGAGCGCAGUGCUUCUGGCAUUCACUUACUCUUUACAACUUUUGUCAUUAUGUCCUUCGCCCCUUCUGAGAGCCACCCCUAUUUCAACCGGCGAAUGAUAGUUGACGACGAUGACAACAUAUCUGUGGCCAAAGAAAUAAAACGCAAAAAUCGACGCAUUGCACUACCAGCAAACCUUGCUGCACCACAAAUACGACCCUUUCAGUGGAUGAUUUCUUCUUAUUACCUCCCAGAAGAAUACCAAGCUAAAAGUACACAGGGGCAAUCGCCCUGGUAUUUAUUACUUCGAUGUAUGCUGAUCGAUCUUCUCGAGCAACUUGAGAACGGACUCAGCACUUCAUGGCGAGAUUAUGAAGUAGAAGAUACAGGCGGGACGAAAUUCCUUCCUCGGGAUUGGGGUCGUUGGAACUGUCCACAACUGAAGUGGGGCCGGCGGAUUGUCUUCUCGGAACAAACCAGAGAUGAGCCUCGAUGGCUAAUAGGACGCUGGCUUGUUGUUGCCUACUUAUGGAGCGACAGCCGCGAAUGGCUACGGGGUGUGAAUGUGGGAAACCUGAUAUCUUUUAAUAAUGCGUUUUGCAUCCGUGCGUUUGAAAGAGUCCCUUGCAUGAACUGUCCUAGUCGUCACCUAGCAUACAGGAUGUUUUACCAGCUCGAAAAGACAUCGGAUAAACCCGAACCGCUAGUUACACUAUUCUCUCAUGUUGGUUACUAUCCUAGGCGCCAACCCCCUCCCAUUCCACAUGGGACCCCGGUUCCAGAUACACUCUCGGAACUGUGCUGCCUUAUGAACAAAGAGGCGAGGGCUCUGUUGUACGCACGUCAUGAGGAGGCUAGGGGCAAGGGCAAGCCCCAAGACAGGCACUUUUUGUGAAGUUUUGGUGAGCAUAUCAGCAGAUCCGAGAGGUCAAGGACUGCAUUUGAAGUCGAUGAGGGAUCUCAAGUUAUAGCUAGUUCAACCGUCAAGCAAUGGAUCACCUCCCUCUCAAACAGAA